UCUUACAGUUUGUGAUGUUUUACAGAUUGAUCAUCAUGCUGGUUAGAAGACUCGCAACAUUGUCCUUGUUGGCAUCAAUCAACAAAAUUGCUCCUGCUUGAAUAGUCUAUCUUUUUACCCUCUUCUUUCUUUGGGCCUGUAUAUAGAAAUUUACUUGUAAAUAAUCUUCUUCUGAUUGGUUUUGCAUACCAUUUUCAAUACAUAUUGCAUUCUUCUAUAAAUUUCUUUGAAAAAUUUAGUAAACGCUAGUCAACAUGGAUGAUUCAAGGACCAUCGAGCCACCAAGUGGAGCAUUUGGCAUUCCUAAAUGGAUAAUGAAAAAAGGAAUGAGAUAUGAGGUAGAUGACUUCAUAAUAUCCCCACCUUCUAAUGAAGAUGGAGGCUUCUUUCACCUCGGCUCUGGACGAAACCCACGAUCAUGGCUGCGCCGAUCCAGUUUUGGCUAUACUGACCAGGAAAUGUCAAUGUCUGUUGAGGUUAGAGAUGGCAACACUAUAAUAGGUGUGUGCUCUUCUGAAAACUUUGCUAAUAUCAGCUCUGCACCUAAACUUGUCAUUACCCCUGAUGGACUCUCCACCAAGACUGAAACACCGCAGGUGACACCUGAAAUUCGUGAUGUUCAGCCACUUCUUGUUUUGAACUUAGGAGGAGGUUAGUGGUGAUGUAUAUUG